AGGCAGACUCUGACCAGGCGGCCGCUGUCAGCCCGGCCAAAGGGCAGGCACAGCCCCUGCGUAAAGGCAGCUGUGCUGGGGUGGUGGCUCAUCGCUGCUCUGGAGCUGAGGACAGGAGGCUGGACCGUGCUCCUUGCAAAGAUGGAUUACGCCAAGUCCCUGAGCCUGCGCCUGGCUGCCCCUGUCUCCAAAUGUGUCUCAGCAAGUGCCUCCAUGACCCAGCAGCUGCUGUCGAGCCCAGCCCCGCGGCCCAGACCCUACCGCGUCUGUAACUGGGACCGCAGCCUGCGCAAGGGCAUCAUGGCACAGAGCCUCGCUGAGCUGCUGCACCAGGCUCAGAGUGCCUUCCUCGCCCCUGGUCCCGUCUCGCUGGUGCUGGAUGAGGAUGGCACCGCGGUGGAGACAGAGUCUUUUUUCCGGACGCUGGAAGAGGGCACGGUGCUGAUGGUCCUGAGCGAGGGGCAGACCUGGGCUGCCUCCAAGACACCUGGCUACCAGUUCAGCCUGUCCCGUAAGCCCCCUCGGAGGAUCGAUGUUGCCUGCGUCACCUUCGACCUCUAUAAGACCAACCCGCGGGACCUGGGCUGCCUCAAUGUCAAAGCCACACUCUAUGGCACCUACAGCAUGUCCUACGACCUGCGCUGCUAUGGGGCCAAGCGGCUGAUGAAGGAAGCCCUGCGCUGGACGCUCUUCACCAUGCAGGCCACUGGCCACGUCCUGCUUGGCACCUCCUGCUACAUGCAGCAGCUCCUGGAUGCCACGGAGGAGCCAAAGGAGGUGGAGAGCAGCCCCCCGCUCCAGAGCCUCCUGCCCUGCAGCCUCCCACCCCUGCCUCACAGGAAGAUGUUGCAGUGAGGGUUGGGAGCCCUGUCCCCCCUCUUCUAUCACUCCCCCCAAUCCCUUGGGGGUCUCAGCACCCCACUAGGUCAAUGCCUGGGGCUGCCGUGAUGCCUGGUACAGCCUCUCCUUGCAUUGUGCUGGCUGAAUGUGGCCAGCUCUUCUCUGUAUUAUCUAUUACUCUGUAAAUAUAUUUAUUUAAGUAAAGCUGUAACUCUA